UAUUCUAUCACCACGGUAAUCACCUUGCCAUUCAAAUACUGCACCUACGAUUGUCAGCUCUCUUUCUUUCUUUUUAUUUUAUUAUAACUUAUGAUCUUUAUUCUAGAAUCUAUUUAGCUUCUUCACUUCAAAUAGUAAACCAGAUGGGAAGUAUUGAUCAAGUAGUUUGGUUUCAGAAGUAUUGUGGUUUAGCUAGAAAGUCUAAUAUAAACGAUACUUUAAAUUUAGAAAACCGUGACAAUAAAGAGAAAAAAUUGAUAUCAUCUAAAACAUCCGAUGAAGAUGCUUAUGAUUACAAUCCUUUUGUGCAUAAAUUGUUUCAAAUCGGGUCUGAAUUAGGAAAUGAAGCUUUCUAUAUUACAUUCUUACCAUUUGUAUCGUGGAAUAUUGAUGAAUAUAUAUGCAGAAGAUUAAUAUUAUUAUGGGUAUUCUGUAUGUAUGCUGGUCAAGGAAUAAAGGAUAUACUUUGUUGGCCUCGACCUGAAUCACCUCCUGUAAUACGUCUUGAAAAAAUAUAUGAAAGUGAGUAUGGUAUGCCAUCAACACAUGCAAUCGCUGGUGUAGUCAUUCCAUUUUCUUUGAUCUAUUUUAGUUAUGGACGUUUUCAGUAUGACUUGGUUUAUGGAAUUUUGUUUCAUAUUUUAUGGACAAGUCUUGUGUGCUUUAGUAGGGUUUACCGUGGAAUGCACAGUUUUCAUGACAUUGUUGCUGGGAUUUCUGUAGCAUUUUUUGUAACUGCAUUAUGGCUACCAUAUUUGGAUAUAACAUUAGAGAUGUUUCUGGCAUCUAGUAAUGCUUGGAUUAUUAUUUUAAUUAUUCCAAUGCUUAUGAUAUAUGUUUUUCCCACACAAUGCAUGGAAACACGCAAUGAUACUGCACGAAUAAUUUGUGUAGGGUGUGGUUGCACUUUAGCUGCAUGGAAUAUGUAUUACAUUGAUCAAGUUCCAUUACCGGAGCCGUACAAAAAUGCUCCAGUUGCAAUGUUCUCAAGUGGAUUUAUACCGUGGGUUUUGUUUGGAGCAUCUCGAUUUAUUAUCGGUGUAGCUAUCAUUGUGCCCAUUAAAAUUUGUUUAAAAACACUGAUUCAUAGUUUUUUUAACUUCAUGAAUUCCGAAGAUGGCAAAACCACAGACAGGAAAGCUGACCAUAUAUUUGUUAUUCCGUAUCUUUUUAUCACGUAUACUCUCAUUGGUUAUUCUGCAAUUUAUGUUGCACCAAAAGCUUUCGAAAUGGUUGGCUUAAUUUUAUAACGAGACAAGUUCAUUUUGCAAUCUUUAAUUACACCUUUAAGGUAUGAGCAACAAUUUUAUGUAUCAAAAAUGAACUUGUGUAGUAUUAAAUCGAGUUAAUUCUUCGUCAA